UGUGACAGGCCAUAUUCACGUGGCAGCUAGAAAUUAACCACCGCAGAAUCUCUACCUGUACUCUCUGUAGUAUACCUGAUAGGUAUAGCUAAUGCUAGAGAGUUACUGCUAUCUUUGAAGUUGAUUAAGAGAAAGGAACCUGCUAUCGACGACCCCUGAACGAACCGCCCAACCCACCCGACGCUCCCCAGAUCCCUGAGAAUCAAGGGUCUAUUUAUCUCAAACAUGGAUUCCAUGACACUGAUGCAAUCAUUGCACCUCAUUCAGACUAGCGCUCUCGAUUCUUCCGACAAAACCGUCAAUGGCUCCUACCCCACGCGGCAAAAUACAGUCCUUCGCAAUAGCCAAGCGAAGAGAGAACUGGAACCCAAUCCAUCCUUCUACCAUUAUUCUCCAUAAGUUUGGGCCAGAAUGAUGGUUGUACCGGAAGAAAAGGAUCUCCCUCCAACCCCUCCUCACACGUCUGGUGAUGUCGAUGUCGACAAAGAGUUGCCCACCCUCAAGGAUCUUGAAGACAACACACAAACCCAUCUCCCUCCAGCACUGGUUCCUAAGCGGAAACCAGUUCCUACACAGUCGUCGACAGCCGCCGCUCUCCCGGCCGCAGAGGUCUCAGCCAGCACUGCGCUAGCAUCGGGCAACUGGUUUGAGCGCAAAUGGGGUUCCUGGACGAACCAUGCAAACCCAAGGCAGAGACGGACAUUUAUCAUCGCCGGCAUCAUUAUUGGAGUCGUCGUACUUCUCGCGCUCAUAAUCGGUCUCGCCGUUGGAUUAACUGUGGGCAAGAGGCAUCAUUCAAGCUCUCUUUCUUCCUCAUACGGCGGACCGUAUACAGGCGACUUGACAUAUUACGAUCCGGGGCUCGGCGCGUGCGGGAUCACCAGCACAAGUUCCGAGAUGAUCGUUGCGGUGUCACACGUCCUGUUUGACGCGGCGUACUCGGGGUCAGAUCCGAACGAUAAUCCACUCUGUGGCUUGAAAUUACGUAUUGAGCGGGAUUCAAAGACCGUGGAUGUCAAGAUUGUUGAUCGAUGUGCGUGACCCUCUAUGUCUUAGAGUACUGAAGUGUUUUAAACCAAUACUAAUCCGAUUAUGAUGAACCAGGUGUCGGAUGCUCGGA